AUGGCUGCCAACACCUCCUUCGCUGCUACCUGCAACCCGGUCGUCUACGGCCGCUCUGGCUACAACAACAAGCCUGAUGAGGACGACGAGCAGAAGCCCAUCAUGAACUUUGGCCGCUCCGGCUACAACAAGGGCGGCGAUGACGACGAGGAGGACUCCUAA